ACUUGUACGCUGCAGCCACGACAACCUGCUCCUCUAGCAGCACCACAUACCUCAGUGUGUACGACAGCAGGCGAGAGGUGUUCCGAUCUGUGUGGAAGUACAUUCACAUGGCGGAGAGCCGGACCACCUCGGUUCGUGUAGCAAGAGUUGAGUACAAGACAAGGCGCGUCAUUCUAGACCUGGUGAUCGCUGUGGUAGGUGUAUCUACAGGCGUCAUCGUCUCCCUGCGGGUGCGUGAGAUGGGCAAGUGGGUUUGUGCACAGACUCACUGGCUGGAGAGUAAGACGGAGGCGUUGUACAAAGAGAGGGAGGUAAGAACACCAGACUUUUAUUUAUGUAGUUCAGCUGUCUGUACAACUGUAGACUAUUUAUGUCUUUCAACUGUCUGUACAACUGUAGACUAUUUAUGUCUUUCAACUGUCUGUACAGCUGUAGACUAUUUAUGUAGCUCAUCUGUCUGUACAACUGUAGACUAUUUAUGUAGCUCAACUGUCUGUACAGCUGAGGCUAUUUAUGUAGCUCAAUUGUCUGCAGAAACCUAUGAUUCUGUCAGUAUUUACUUCUCUGACAUCGUCGGGUUCACAACCAUCUCCUCUAAUUGUACGCCUAUGCAGGUGGUUGACCUCUUGAACUGUCUGUACUCCACCUUCGACAGUCGCAUCGACACCUAUGACGUCUAUAAAGUGGAGACCAUCGGCGACGCAUACAUGGUGGCCAGUGGGGUGCCCACCAGGAACGGAACAAAGCACGCGGGAGAGAUAGCCACAAUGUCCAUCGACCUGCUGGCCGCCAUCAAACAGAUCAAAGCCCCAAAUAUGGAGAGCGGCACUUUGAAGAUUAGGAUCGGCAUUCAUACAGGUCCGUGUGUGGCUGGAGUUGUGGGUGUCAAGAUGCCCAGAUACUGCCUGUUUGGAGAUACGGUUAACACGGCUUCUAGGAUGGAGUCCAACAGUCAGCCAAUGAAGAUACACUGCAGCAAGGAUAUCUCUAUGAUGUUACUGAAAGAUGGACUUUACAAGCUGGAAAGCCGCGGAGAGAUUGAAAUCAAAGGAAAAGGAAAAAUGGAGACCUACUGGCUGAUUGGCCGCAGUGACAUGGGAGAAUGCAAUGACAGCAUGACAUGUCUGUGGCGACCAAAGAAGAAGCCAAAGCCAGCAGCAGCUCCUGUCCUGAGUGCUGUUCCAGAGAGCGUUGCACCUGUUCCACUCAACGCUGCUCCAGAGAACAAUGCACCUGUUGCUGAUAGGCUAGUUCCAGAAGGCAGUGUAGCUGUUCCCGCCAGUGCUCUGCCAGGGGACAUUGUGAUGUCAGCCCAGUCAGGCUCUGAUACAUUAGACAUGUUCAAAGACCAGCUGGUCCCAGAUACACGAGACACGUCAGGGGCGGCGGUUGGUCCUGCGAUUGUUACUAAUCUCCAGAUAACUUCACAAGAGCCUGCCAGCGUAGAAUUUGUCCACAACGCACCCGACCAGACCAGCGCAGAUAGAGAAAUAGCGCCUGUAGACACAAACGUUGAGGUCAUCAGUCCAUGUGUCACUGACACUGACAGUCAUCAUCUGACUUCAGCGCAGGAGACAGAAAAACCCCAGCAGAUUUCUGCCUGGGUAGAGAAGGAAGACAGCCAUUCACCCAUUGUUCCAGAUCAAAGACCUGACAGAGGUGAUCUCUCGGCUGUGCAGACCAAAGCAAGUGUGUGUGUUCAGGUGAGCGACGAAUGCAACCUUCAUGUCGUUGCCAGUCACCCUGCAGUAGACAAUAACUUUAGCCUCACAGUUACACAUGCUGGAGAAGAAAGUCUUGUCGAUCAAGCUCAUAACCUUGGAGAUGAGAAUACAUUAUCAGAACAAAUAGAUGAUUUACACCUGCUGCAGGACCCCGAGCAGGCACUAACACUGACGGGAGAACUUCUGGUAGAACCGACAUCACAGCAACAACCUAAGGCUUCUUCUGUUACCCAUCACCAUUCCCCCAUUGUAAAGUCAAAAUCAUCAUCGUUAUCAUCGUCUAACAAUCAUGACAUUUGUUGCCCUAGUCCACAAGAGCCACCUCCAAAUCACCCUUCCCACGAAACUACAGUAGAGGGAAAAGGAACACAAUCUCAACAGUCAACGAACCAAGCACGCAUGGAUGUCAGACAGGAUACCGGAAAUGCAAUGUUCGAUCAGAAAAAUCCUUCCUAUGCAAGAUCCAAAACAAAUAUCCCUAUAACUGCACAACAUUCAAGACCAGCGCAGUGUUUCUUUUCUAUACAAUCAGGAGAUAAACUAAAACCAACAGAGACCUUGGUCGCC